CUGCUCCCUAACAGGAUGUGUGGCCGGUUCCUGAGGCAGCUGGUGGCUGAGGAGAGCCGGCACUCCACCUCCGUGGGACGCCUCCUGCUCCCUGUGCUCCUGGGGUUCCGCCUUGUGCUGCUGGCUGCCAGCGGGGCCGGGGUCUACAGCGACGAGCAGAGUGAAUUCGUGUGUCACACCCAGCAGCCAGGCUGCAAGGCCGCCUGCUACGAUGCCUUCCAUCCCUUCUCCCCACUGCGCUUCUGGGUCUUCCAGGUCAUCUUGGUGGCUGUGCCCAGCGCCCUCUACAUGGGUCUCACUUUGUAUCAUGUCAUCUGGCUUUGGGAAGAGUCAGGAAAGGGGAAGGAGGAGGAGACUCUGAUCCGCCAAGGGGAGAAGAGCAGAGAUGCCUCCGGUCCUGGAAGCCCCAGGCUGCUCUGGGCCUAUGUGGCACAGCUGGGUGUGCGGCUGGUCCUUGAGGGGACAGCCUUGGGGGUACAGUACCAUGUGUAUGGGUUCAACGUGCCCAGCUCCUUUGCAUGUCGCCGAGAGCCUUGCCUUGGUAGUAUAACCUGUUACCUGUCCCGCCCGUUUGAGAAGACCAUCUUCCUAAAGACCAUGUUUGGGGUCAGUGGGCUCUGUCUCUUGUUCACGCUUUUGGAACUUGUGCUCCUGGGCCUGGGGCGAUGGUGGAGGGCCCGGAAGCACAGAUCUCCCCCUUCUAACUACUCCCCAACUUCAGAGAGCACCAGAAGACACAAGAAACCGACUGAAAACUUCCCAGUGGUGGAGACCAAAGAGUCAUUCCGAGAAGCAGAGUUAUGAAGCCACCUGGUUCGCCUCUGAAGGGAACUCUGCGAUUGGAUCUUCUUCC